AUGGGUAACACAGAUUCCAAAUUAAACGUCUUAUACAGGGAUCAUGUAUUUAGGUUAUCUGGAUAUUUUGAUGGAAUAAUACCUCUAUUCUCAAAAAAUACAAAUUUAAAUGAAUUGAUCGAUCUCUAUAAUUCAAAAGUCAUACCAGAUGAUUCUAAAUUUGAUCAAUUCUAUUUAGAAUUUGUCGCAGUUGGUACAGAUUUAACUUUUGAAAUGCUAAAUCAGAUUAUUAAUAAUGAAGAAAUGAGAAAUAUAUUCGAAUUAAAUCCUAUAAAUUAUUUAAAUCUAACAAGGUUCACUGCAUUACAAAUUCAUUUAUUAACAAAUUCCUUAAACGUCCCUUCAUUAGAACUGCUAAAAUUUAGAUUCUCAAGAAUUCUAGUUUGUAUUAGAGUAUUAACUAAAUUGAUGCCAUUAUAUUUUGAAUUACAAUUAAAUAAUAAAGAUGUACCAAAUAUAGCUGAUAUAUUUUGGACAAAUGAUCCUAAAGUUCUGUUUGGCAUAGAUGAUGAUUCACUGGAUCCAGACGUUACCAUCGAACCAUUAGGCUUGAAUUUAGUCAAAUCUUGUGUAAAUUUAUUAUUUGUUGAAGCUUUUACAAUACCUUCAAAUGGUUCUCCAGGUCUGGUUUCAGAUCUUCUAUGGGAUAAUGGUAUAAAUACUCAAGAUGCAGUUUAUCACCCACAAAACCCGAAGUAUGAUUCAAAUAGACUGGAAAUUAUAAAUUUAUUGCUAUCAUUAUCCUCGAAAGAUUUAUAUCUAAAACAGGCUUCAAAAGUUCAAAAUUUGUUCCUUUUCUCAUUAUCAUAUUUAGUGCCAGAAUAUGAUUCGAUUUGCUUAAUUUCAUCUUUAAUUAAUGUGGUAUGUCGGCAUUGUACAAAUUUUAAAAAUGAAUCAACUCUGCCUUAUACAAUGGUUUCAAGUAAAUAUUCGCAGCAACAUCAGUUACCACAACUGAGAUCAGCAUUCAUCAUAUCAUCCCUGCAAUUAUUAAACAUAAUGUGCUCAAAAUUUUGGUUAGAUAAUGAAAAAUUAAUUGUUGAAAAUCUGGAAAAGCUAGGAGUGUUGAAUCGCCAAGACAUUCAACAUCAUGGUAAAACUAUUGCAUUAUCAUAUGUAUCUACAUUAAACAGAGAAUUGGAUUUGAAACUUAUGUUGACCUCCUUUGCAAAAAUUUUUAAACAUCCAGUGGAAGUGGCAAUAGAACAAGAGACCUCGCCAUUUGGUUCUUUCCCAUCUAUGAAACAAAAUCAAAAUUAUUCGCAUAAUCGUGUAAAUAGCAACAGUAGUAAUAAUUAUGAAAAUGAUUCACAACAGCCAAAUACUCCAAAUCAAAAUUUAUCGAAUUUGAAGAAUAAGCCAUACAAUAAUAUUGGUAAUAAUACAAAAACUGAUAACACGAAAAAAACAAAUACUAAUGACACUAAUGAAAAUAAUAGUACAGGCUCUUCUUUAUCAUUACCUGUACCUCCAACUAUACUUCCACAAGUAUUAAUUUUAUUUACAACAAUAAUUACUGAAAAUAAAUCGUUUGAAAAUUAUGUUGCAGAUAAAUUUGCAAAUAAAUUUAUCAUUUUUUCAAUUUAUUACAUGCAUUAUUAUAAUCAUAUCCCAGAGUUACAAUCUUCAAUGAUCCCACUUUGCUCAAACCUGUCAUUAUACUUAUCGUCCAAAAAAUUAGUACUUUCUAAGAUGCUGGAUACCUUUACGACUAACUAUUAUACAAAUAAGUUACCUGAUUUCUUUAAGUUAUCCUCUGGUAACAUCAAUAAUUUGACUUAUAGAGAUUUUUCAGUCGUUCACAUCUGUAACAUUAUUAUUAAUGAUGUGAAGGAAAAUGUUCAGCCAAGGCCAUGGUUAUAUGAAUUGCUGUAUAAUUUGAUUCAGAUUCCUUCAAACAUAAAAGAUGAAGAACUAAUUAAAUUGUCAGGAAAUAGAAACGAAUCACCAUCUGCGACCUCUAAUGGGGGUUUAAAUUAUAAUGCUUCAAUCACACUAUUACAUCUAAUUUCAAAAUUAUCUAAUAAGAUGUAUUUGACAUCAAAUUCUAUCCCUAAUAGUGCACAAAGUAAUAAUUUUUAUGCAUGCUCACCAGGAUACAAAUUGGAUUUGUUAUCCUUGGUAUUAAGAAGUAUGCUGAAUUAUAUUGUGUACUACUAUGAAGAAUCAUUAAAUUUACUCUUUGCGCUAACAAGGCAUCAAAAGGUUUUGUUACAGGUUAGAGAGUCGCUAUUGACUAUCUCUAAAUCAAUAGAUAGUAAAUCAUCUAUGGAGGGAGUGAACAAGGUACAAGAAACUGAAUAUUAUGAUUUUCGUGAAAACACCCUAUUGUUGCAAAAGUCAAAAAAAAUGACUGGAAAUAAUAAUUCGCAAAACAGUAGGAGAUGGGCGCCUGAUAGUAUUAAUAAUAAUAGCUCUAGUGUAGAGGUGUUAAAUCAAUACAUACUGUUGGACAAGAAGUUGAAGUCUACUGAAUUAACAGAUAAUGAAUCAAAUGAUAAUGAUGAAAUAUCCGCUCAAACCAAUCAUGUUCACAAAAAUUCUGAGAAUAAUACAGCAAGAGGUUUGAGAGACUACAGUGAUAAUAACAAUAAUCAUAGUAAUGCUACUCUUCAAAAUAAUUCUAAUAACAAUCAUUUAGAAUUGAUGAAAACAAAUAGCAAUUCAACUGUCAUAAAUGGAAACAAAGGAUAUGAGAUCCAUGAACAUAUGGAUUAUGAAGACAAUAUUUAUUUUAAUAAUAGGAAAAUAUUUUUAGCCUUCAGACCUGAAUGGCCAAUUGGGAUUGGUGAGAAAAUUAAGAUUAAAUCACCAUUAGACCAUGAUUUAAGCAAGACAUGGGGUGGUGCAUCUACCUUAUCAUUGCUGAUUAAAUUUGUAAGAAUUAUGAUGAAAGAAUUUCCAACGAUAUGCACCAUUAACACAGCGGAAUACUUUGAUCUAGUAAAGGAAAUAUCUACAUUCAAAGAAGGAUUCGUAGAUGAAGCAAAGCAAUUAUUGCCUAUUUAUCUAAAGGAUCAUAAUGAACCACAUGUGUUAAAGUUAGACUUGACAAAUUCAAAUUUCAUUUUGAAAAAAUGGAUGUAUGUCAUCUGUUGGUCAGAUAUUUUUGAUUCCCACACUGGCUGUUAUACGAUCUCUGAAAAUUCGAUGAACGGAAUAUUCAGUUUCUCUAUGGUUAACAACUCAGAUGGAGUAGGUAGCGUAGCUAGAGAUAGCAUCUCUGAGAUGUCAGCUCUACCCUCGUUGGAAAGAAAGGUCUCUAAUGGAACAAUGUUAUCAAGAACAAAUAGUAACAGUAGUUUUAUUACCGGAUAUUUGUCGAACCAAAACUAUGAGCAAUCUCAAACUCCAUUAGACAUUGGAGAUAUGUAUUCUACAAGUCCAAGCUCCAAUAAUAAUUACAGACACAAGCGUACGAAUAGUAAUAGUGACAAUUCCUUUUUCAAAUUCUCAUGGAUGGGUUUCAAUAAAAAUAACGACUGCAAUUCAAUCAAGGAAGAUGCUUCAGACAAUGACUCUGAAUACUCUAGUGCGUCAGCAAUUAAAUCGUGUUCUUUCAUCCUAGACGUUGGGCUACUAAAACCGAACAUAUGGGCAGGUACUAAUGUUAAAUUAUUCAAGGUCGUGAAAGAAGAGAAGAAAGAAUUUUCUUUACUUAACAUGACAUCUUCAUUGUUGAAAAGAUUUAGAUUUAAUAAUAAUAAUGCUUCGUCAUCAAAUGAAAGACUCACUUCUAUAAAGACAACAACGGGAAAUGGCUCUGGCUUGCAUCCAAGCACUAGUAAUACAAGUUUGAAUUCCUCCCUGAGGGCAUGGACGCCAAGAUCCCCCUUAGCUAGCAAUGGAGGUGGGUCACCUUUCAUGUUUUCACCAAAAGGAUUAUAA